CGCCGCCCGCCCGCCCGCGACUCCUCAGGCGGCCCCGCCCUGCCCCGCGCGCCUCAGGCUGCAACUGUUAAUUUUGUUGCGAUGGAGACUCUAUCCCUGGAGCGCCAGAUCCAGAGUGUGCAGAGACAUGUUGCCUUCCUGAAAAAGGAGCAGAUGAGCCUUCUUCAUGACCUGCACUUGGAGAUCCUUCACUUGCAGAAACACUGCACAGAGCUGACCCAUGACCUCGAAACAAAGGAAUUGGAAGCCAGCCAUCAAGAAAUUGUCGACCAGGAACUGGAGGAGAAAUGCAAGGUCAUGGAGGCCCAGCUGCAGGAGAAAGAAAAGGACCAUCUCGAGUUGCGGAAGGAGCUCCGGCACAAGGAGAGCUUGGUGGCUGCUCUGCGCUCCAGCCUGCGAAGCAGAGAGAGGAAGUUCCUGGAGGAACUGAAGAGGAGGAGCCACCGCGUGACCAUCCUCAACACAGAGCUGCAGAAGCAGACUGAGGCAGCUGCUUACCUCUCCUUCCAGCUGCACGCCACCAAGCAGAAGCUUCACGGUUCCCGGCAAAGUGCCAAACCUCUUGCUGACCGGCCUCCGGAGAAGUCCUUCCUCCAUCAGCCCGUCAGCGAGGCGAGGCCCAAGAAACGGACCCAGAAGUCCCCAUCCCGCAGGCAGGCUGCUGGCUCCUUCCAUGGCAAGGGGGCCUUCAAGGACCCUUCCUUUCGUGAUGGAUUCCGCAGUUUCGAAGAUGCUGAGCCCAUGCCUGACCCGGCCCUGUUUUUGUGUCCCAAAUGGCACCACACUCCUGCCCACUGUUGGAAAUUAGAGGCCCUCUCCUCCACCAAAGCAGGGGCUGACCAGAGUGAGCCCCUCACCCCCCAAGGUCUUCCAGCCCACCCACCCAGGAACCAACGGAAAGGUCACCAAAGAGCAUCCCGGCAGCCUUCCCAAGAACGUGCAGGACCCACACGCAGGACUUGGGGGAAAUCGAGACCCUCUUCCCAAGGGGAUCAGUGCAAAGAAAAUGGAGCAAGCCCCCACCAUGAAAAGGAUGCUGAGUAACCACAGAAUGGAGGGGGGGCACCUUCUUGGUUUGAGGUAGCUUUUCUAAAGAGGUUGUGGGGGAGGGCAGGUUUUUGCAAAUCAGGGGCCAGUUUUGGGGAAAGUGCUCAGACCUCCCAGAUCCAACCGUGCUUCUUUCAGCUGCUUCAGUGCUGGAGGAUCUGGGCCCUCCUCCGUGAUUUGUUCCUUCCUUUCCUUGGCAUCUUCCCCACCCCUGUCUCACCUGCCUGCUGGAGCGGGGAAAGGGAAUCGUGUAUGAUUGUAUGAAGUCAUUCUUCCUGAUGCACAGGUGCACCAUUGAUCAUCUGCAGAACACCACUCUAGAAGAAUGUAACCCCCAAGACAGCCUUUUUGCAAUGUUUUAUUAAUAUAUGGGUAAUAUGGAGGAGAGGAUACAGUGUAAAGGCGUUAGUUAUAUGCAAAAAUUGUUUUUUAGUCCAUCAAUUUUACUUCGGAAACAAAACAAUAAUCUGGAACUCCAGAAUCUAGGGAGAAAUUUAGGAGAAUUUCAAAGGCACCCCUAGAAUGUUGUGACAUAAAUGUAGUAAAUAUCGUUUAAAGUCACAAUGCUGUGCAACAUUCAGCCAGGAGAACUGGAAGACUGGCACACACACACACUUCCCACAAGUUUUCGUGCCUUGAGAUUACAGCUUAGUGAGUUUUCCAUUUCACUUACUGGCAUACAUUUCAAACCUGGAGACUUGAUAUUUUGUAUUCUUGAUUUUGAUGGCAAAACAGCAUUUUUGGUGCUGAAGUUUGUGUUUUGACUGUU